CGCGCCCCGCCCGCCGCUAUAAACGGGCCGUGCGAGGCUCCCCGCGCUCCCCGCUUCCAGCCAUGGCUCCCGAGCGGCCCUCGCCGGCCUUCGCCGAGGCCGGGCAGCAGAGUGGGCUGCAGGUGUGGCGCGUUGAGCGCCUGGAGCUGGUGCCGGUGCCCCCGAGCUGCCACGGCGACUUCUUCGUUGGGGACGCGUACCUGGUGCUGCGCACGGAGCGCCGCGGGACCAGCGUCGCCUACCGCCUGCACUACUGGCUCGGGAAAGACUGCACCCAGGAUGAAAGCACAGCUGCAGCUAUCUUUGCUGUUCAAAUGGAUGACCAUCUAGGAGGAAAGCCUGUGCAGAGUAGAGAAAUUCAAGGAUAUGAGUCUACUGAGUUUGUGGGUUACUUCAAAGGAGGAAUUAAAUACAGGGCAGGUGGUGUGGCCUCUGGAUUUAAUCAUGUUGUUACUAAUGAUCUGAGUGCCCAGAGGCUGCUGCAUAUCAAGGGCCGGAGAGUUGUAAGAGCUACAGAAGUCCCCCUAGCUUGGACCAGCUUCAACAAAGGAGAUUGUUUCAUUAUUGACCUUGGAAAUGAAAUCUAUCAGUGGUGUGGCUCAUCGUGCAAUAAAUACGAGCGGCUGAAGGCUACACAGGUUGCUGUUGGCAUUCGGGACAAUGAACGAAAUGGAAGGUCCAAAUUAAUUACUGUGGAAGAAGGCAGUGAGCCAGACAGACUCAUAGAGGUUUUAGGGAACAAGCCAGAGCUUCCUGAGUGUGAUGAUGAUGACGAUGAGCUGGCUGAUAUCACAAACAGGAGAAGCGCUAAACUAUAUAUGGUGUCAGAUGCAAGUGGAUCCAUGAAGGUGUCGGUGGUAGCAGAGGAAAACCCCUUCUCUAUGGCCAUGCUUUUGUCUGAGGAAUGCUUCAUUUUGGACAAUGGUGCUGCCAGGAAGAUCUUUGUGUGGAAAGGCAAAAAUGCUAACCCUCAGGAGAGAAAAGCUGCCAUGAAGAAUGCUGAACAAUUCAUACAGCAGAUGAAUUAUCCUGCCAACACACAGAUUCAAGUGCUUCCCGAAGGAGGUGAAACGCCAAUGUUCAAACAAUUUUUCAAAGACUGGAGGGAUAAAGAUCAAAGUGACGGCUUUGGCAAAGUAUAUGUCACAGAGAGAGUGGCUAAAAUUGAGCAGAUUGAAUUUGAUGCUACCAAGUUACAUGAGUCUCCACGAAUGGCUGCCCAGCAUAACAUGGUAGAUGACGGUUCUGGGAAAGUAGAGAUCUGGCGUGUGGAAAGCAGUGGCCGAGUUCCUGUGGGACCUGAGACAUAUGGACAGUUCUAUGGGGGUGACUGUUACAUUAUCCUCUACACUUACCCUAGAGGGCAGAUCAUCUAUACAUGGCAAGGAGCCCAUGCUACAAAAGAUGAACUGACUGCAUCUGCAUUUUUGACUGUUCAGCUGGAUCGGUCAUUAAAUGAUCAGGCUGUGCAGAUCCGAGUCAGCCAAGGCAAAGAGCCUGCACAUUUACUGAGCUUGUUCAAAAAAAAACCACUUAUAGUCUACAAGAAUGGGACAUCCAAGAAGGAAGGUCAGAAACCUGCUCCACCAACACGGCUCUUCCAAAUCCGCAGGAACCUAGCAGCCAUUACUAGGAUUGCGGAGGUUGAUGUUGACGCAGUGUCACUGAACUCCAAUGAUGUCUUUGUUCUGAAACUGCCAAACAACUCUGGCUACACGUGGGUAGGAAAAGGAGCAAGUAAAGAAGAGGAACAAGGAGCUCAAUACAUUGCCAAUGUUCUCAAAUGCCAGACUGCCAAGAUUAAUGAAGGCCAGGAACCAGAGGAAUUCUGGAAAGCACUUGGAGGUAAAAAAAAAUACCAGACUUCAUCACAACUCUUGGCAAAGGCUGAAGAUCAUCCCCCUCGCUUGUAUGGUUGUUCUAAUAAGACAGGCAGAUUUAUUAUUGAAGAGGUCCCAGGAGAAUUCACUCAGGACGAUUUGGCUGAAGAUGAUGUCAUGUUGCUGGAUGCUUGGGAGCAGGUGUUCAUCUGGAUUGGGAAGGACGCUAACGAAACUGAGCGACAGGAAUCCGUUAAAUCAGCCAAACGCUAUAUUGAAACAGAUCCUUCUGGCAGAGAUAAGGGAACCCCCAUUGUAAUUGUGAAGCAAGGGCAUGAAGCCCCCACGUUCACAGGCUGGUUCCUGGCUUGGGACUCAAACAAAUGGAAGAACUGAUCUCUCCAAGGAGACUUCCAGCCAAAGAAUGAUCAGAGCCCAGCUACUUUCUACUAUUUUUAAGUAUAUGCUUAUGCAACAAUACAACGCAUCUGUUGUUAAAUUUUCCUGAGCUUUUUCUAUGAAUAACCUAGAAACUCUUGGCACUGGAAGGGAUAAAUGUUAAUUGUAAACUGACCAAAUGGCAUGAGUGGGGCUUUUCUAGUAGUAAAUAUAGAAAGUGCUACCAAUCUUUAAUCUUAAAAGAAAGAAGUACAUUUUCUUUAAUCUACUGAUUCUUUAAAGAGAAGCUGUGGAUCCGUUUACUUUAAUGUGCUAAAAUGGACCAAAUUCUUCACUUAAAAAUCCAAACUAAUGCCACAGAAAUUCCUUUUGAUUAAGGUCAAGAUAAUACUGUGCAGAAUUUGGCCUGACAGGAGUAAAACUAUCCAUUGCAAGGAAAAGAUUCCACCUGAUUUAAUUACUAGGCCCACGUAUUGCUACGCUCAUGGAAAAUUUCAGAUAAUGUCUGAUCCACAGUGGGAGUUGUGGCUCACAGGGAUAUUCAGAGAAAGCUCACAUGGAUAUUUGGAGAAAGCUGUGCUUAAUAUGUUUGUUUACCCUGUUAAUACACAUGUGUGUGGAGCUUUAGACUGAAUACUGUCAGAAUAUGAAACUGACAAAGGGUUUUUUGAGGGACUGUCUAGUGUAUUGUAAUGAAUUCCUUUAGAUUUCUCUCUGAAUCAGAUCCAGCUCCACCAGGUCUUUUUAACUAAAGCUCUUAAACACAUUGUAGUGCACUAUGCUCUGAACUGGAAGCAAAAGUAACAGCUUCAAAAACAUAUACUCUGCCUUAACCAGAUUGCUCUUAAGCCAUAAAUCACCUCAGUUGCCUUACUCAGAACUACUCAGUUCUUCAGCGUGUAGACUGUUCACCUUGCAGGAUGUUUUUCUAAUUUUCUUUGCAGGUGUUAGACAAAUAUCAAGCACAUCAAAAGCAAGGAAAACCCUGGUUUCUGGUAGCAUUUCUGAGAAUUUGGAAUAUGAGUAUGCAACAUAGAAUAUGGCCUUCUCUUUUCUCUCAGGCAUGCUUACUUGAGUGUGGGUGUUUUUUUAGGGGUUUUUUUUGGGUGGGUGUUUUGGUUUUUUUUUUGGGGGGGGGGGUGUUUUUGUUUUUGGUUUUUUGCGGGGGGCAUGGGGGUUGGUUUGGUUUUUUUGGUUUUUUUCCUGGUGAAUUUAAAAGUAUGUUUUCAAAGUGCCUUUUAUUCGGAACUUAGCCAAAAAAAUCUACUAAAGGGCAGUGGGGAAGCUUCUUCAAAUCUUAAGCACUGCUUUGAUAAUUUAUCCAGUAAUGCUUGUUUUAAACAACAAUUUGUACAGCUGUAAAUCAUACUAAUGUGGCUUUUUAAUGACAGCAUUUCAGCAGUUUUAUUAUUCUUGUAAGUUAGGUUGGAAAGUGAAAUUUUAGGUAUUUUUUUAUUUUUUUAACAUGCUUGGGAUUUUGAAUCAGGGUAAUGCAAAAGAGUGAAUUUAGUCUGAGCUCAUAAUAUCAAUGACAAAAGAAUUGUGAAGCUAAGAGAUUAAUUAUAGGAGUUAGCUUUAAACAUUUGUUUAAAUGUCUGCUAAUAUAGCUGGGCUGUAUCUAAAUGUAAUUUCAUUUAAAAUAAAGUUAUGAAAAGCAGUA